CACCCCUCCCUCAACAUCCACCCCCCCAAAUCACCACACAACACCAAACAUGCCCUUCACCCUCCACCCCAUCCACAACACCCCCUCCGACCUCACCGCCUGGGCCAACAUCCUCAUCUCCGCAAACUCAACCCUCCCCGCCCACGACUUCCGCUCCAUCUACAUAUCCGCGCUCUGGCCCAACCCCAACAGCCCCGAGACCCGCGCCACCGCGGAAUCCCAGCUCCAGGCGCUCCUCGCCAGCUUGCCUCCUGGAUCCUGGGUCUCCAAGGCCGUUGAGACGGCGUCGGACACGCCUGUUGGGAUUGCGGUGUGGGUGCGGAGAGCGGAGCGUGUUGGUGCUGAUGUGAGAGAUGGAGAUGGAGGGGAUAUCCGGGAGGUAGGUGGUGGGUCGUAUUCUUAUGCUGCUGCGAUUGAGGACAGCAUCAACAACAACAACACCCCCGCACAACCCCUAAUCGCACAAAUCGACAGCACAACAGCCGCGCACCGCGCAUCACUCAACAGCCGAAUCCCCGGCAAACUCCUCACCCUCCGCUCCCUCGCCGUAACACCCGCGUUCCAGCGCCGCGGCGUCGGAUCGCUGCUAAUCCGCGAGGGAACGCGGUAUGCGGAUAGUGUGGGAGCGAGUAUCACGCUUGAUACGACUGUGGAUGGCGAGGCGGUGUAUGCGAGGCAUGGGUUUGUGGUUGAUGGGAGGGUGGAGGUUGGGAUUGUUGGGGUGCCUGGGUUGUGUUUGGUUGGGAUGAGGAGAGGGCCUGGUGAGGGGGGUGGCGGAGGGGUAGGUUUGGAUUCGACAUGAAGAUAAUGAGUGCUGUGGUGGUUGUUUUGUUGGAGGUGGUGUUUUGACUGUGGGUUAGAUGUUCGCUUCGGGGGGUUCGUUGGAUUGCCGUUUUGGGAUGGGGACCCACAGCGCACAAGCUGAAUUUUGAUGAUGGUUUGCGGAGUGUAGGUGUGUGCCACUGUGGUGCACACGACAGCAUGCGUAGUAAGUGCUUUAUUAAUAUGCUAUAGUUAAAG